AUGACCGAGCAGCAGCAAAGAAUGGCUGCAGUGGGAACUGACAAGGAACUCAGCGACCUUCUGGAUUUCAGCGCGAUGUUCGCGCCUCCCGUAGCGAACGGCAAGAACAGAACAAUGACUCUCGCCAGCAGUCAGUUCAGUGGCUCAGAUCAACGUCGACAACUCUGGUUCUGGGGUUCGGCAGAACAGAACAGUCCUUCUUUCAGCCAAGGACGGGGCUAUGGAGAAGGUUCCCACUACAGCGAACAUGAAGGCUUGGCCUCUCCUUUCAUAAGUUCGGGGAUUGCAGGUAAAAGUGAGCGGCCAUCGUACUCUCCCUUUCCAAAUCAGCCUGGUUUCCUUCCAAGUGAAAUUGCGAUGCCCAGCCCAGAUGCCAUGUCCCCCUCUGGCUUAAAGUCAGGCUCCCAGUUUUACCAAUCCUACCCAAACAAUCCACGAAGGAGGCCGACUGAUGGCGGCUUGGACUCCCAGCCAAAGAAGAUUCGGAAACCCCCAGGCCUUCCUUCCUCGGUGUACGCGUCCACAUCCGGGGACGAAUAUGCCCGAGACAAUGGAGGUUAUCCUGGUGGAAAGCCUGGUGCCGUUUACCCUGGCUCUUUCUACAUGCAAGAAGACCUCUGGUCAUCUACCGGCUACUCGGCCAUGCUCGGUAACUCGCCUCACAUUGGACCACCAGGCUCCUUCUCAUCGUUAAACCCACAGGACAGGAUGAACUAUCCACUGCAUGGCAGCGAAGUCAACGGCUUCCAUGCUGCGCCCACCACCUACAACCACACGCCCGCCAUCAAUGGAGAGGCAAUUAUGGCAGGAAACAGAGCCACAACAGCCGGCAGUUCUGGUGAUGAAAUCGGAAAGGCUCUCGCCUCGAUUUAUCCGUCGGACCACAACAGUAAUAACUUCUCCUCAGCUCCGUCAACUCCGGGGUCUCCUCAAGCUAUUGCAGGAGCUCAGUCCCAAUGGCAAAGACCAACCACACCCAAUUUUGAAGGGCAACCACACGCACUGCAAAGUAAAAUGGAGGAUCGUUUGGAGGAGGCCAUCCAUGUGCUGCGGAACCACGCUGUGGGCCAAGGCCCUGGCUUAGACGGUGCCCACCCCGACAUGCAUAGCCUUCUGUCCGCAGUACACAACGGGGGCCUUGGAUCCCUCUCUCCAGCUUUUCCCAAUGCCAGCCUCGCUCUCAGCAACAGACAUCCUGUGAUGGGAGGGAAACACGAGGAGCCUACUGGCCUUCCGCCCAGCAGCACGCUUCUGCACGGUCAUCACGCUUCAGGGUCCACGCCGUCCGUUGGCCAGCCAGAAGGGUUCACCAGUCUUCCUGGUGGGAUGACACGCUCCACACACUCCUCCAGCAGCUCGGACAUCAAAAGAGAAGACAAGGAAGAGGACGAAAACUCCUCUAACGCAGACAAAUCCGACGAUGAAAAGAAGGAUUCCAAAGCAGCGCGUAGUCGAACAAGAAAGGAGGCGUUGACCCUCCAGAUGCUCUCUAGCCUUUCAGACCCGAAAGAUGACGCCUUCAACGCGCCAUCUCCUUCCAGCCAGGACAAUGAAGACGACGAGGACCUACCGCCUGAGGUGAAGAUGGAGCGUGAGCGGGAACGGCGAGUGGCAAACAACGCUCGCGAGCGCCUGCGAGUACGGGACAUCAACGAGGCGUUCAAGGAGCUCGGGAGGAUGUGCCAACUGCAUCUCAGCCACGACAAACCUCAGACCAAACUUCUUAUCCUGCACCAAGCCGUCAAUGUCAUACUGAAUUUAGAACAACAAGUCAGAGAGCGUAACCUGAACCCCAAGGCUGCGUGUUUAAAGCGUCGUGAGGAGGAAAAGGUGUCUGGCGUGGUGGGUGAUGCGCCCAUGCAGCUCUCAGGAGGCCAUCCGAGUAUUGGAGGAGAUGGCCACAAUUCAGUUGGUCACAUGUAA